AUGCCGAUUGUGGCCCUUCCUCAGGCCACCGUCCGGGCAAUUGGCUCGACCUCUGUCCUUUCAGAUCCCUGCUCUGUCGUGAAGGAAUUGUUAGACAAUGCUCUGGAUGCUGGCGCCACAUCUGUUUCUAUAGAUAUCUCCCCGAACACGGUCGAUUUGAUUCAGGUAAAGGACAAUGGGUAUGGUAUUUUGCCCGAAGAUCAUGCUCUGGUAUGCAGAAGGAGCUUCACCAGCAAGAUCCAGACCGUGGAAGAUCUUAUAAACAUAGGCGGCAGAUCCUUUGGAUUCAGAGGUCAAGCCCUGUCCAGUGCUGCUGAGAUGUCGGGCAAACUUACAAUAACCACAAGAAAUGAAGGGCAAGUAGUCGGCUUGAUUCUCCAGUACGGGAGGGAUGGAGAACUCAUAAGUUCGCAACAUGCAUCCCAUCCAGUAGGCACCACUGUUCGUAUAUCGGACUUCCUGAAGCACAUCCCAGUUAGAAGACAGACAGCACUCAAGGACACAUCGAAGAUUCUGGCAAGAAUCAAGAAAAUGCUACAGGCAUAUGCAUUGUCUCGGUUCUCCAUAAGAAUGUCGUUUAAAAUACUCAAAGCUAAAAGUGAAAGCGGCAAUUGGAUUUACGCACCAGGGAAGAAUGCGACUCUCACAGACGCAGCUUUAAAAGUUGUCGGCUCCGAGGUCGUCUCGUGCUGUACGCUUGAAACAAGGUCGUCAAGCCAAUAUGAGGCUGAAACCGGAAAACCAGAUAUAGAUAAGUCACCAGACUAUCAAUUGGUUGCUCUACUGCCAAAAGCCGAUGCUGAAUUUUCCAAAGUAAACAGUUCAGGAAGUUAUCUGAGCGUGGAUGGCAGACCUCUCUCCACUACCAGAGGGAUUGGACAUGAUAUCGUCAGACUCUAUAAAUCUUACCUUCGUUCUAGCGCUGCGCACAGGGAAGAUACAGCAACCGUUUUAGACCCCUUUAUCUGUUUGCAUAUACAUUGUAUCAGGGGCAGUUACGACGUCAAUGUCGAACCAGCCAAGGAUAAUGUUCUGUUUGAGAACCCGGGACUAAUACUAUCACUGGUAGAAGAUUUGUUCUCGGGUACUUACGGUGCUCUGGAAAACUCAACAGAGAAGGAUGCGGUACCGAAAACGAAGCAAAGGCAGCAAAAUAAUGAAUUUGAGCUCCUCAUGGCGCGAAAACGUCCUCAUGAAACACCCUCACAAGCCAGGAGUGCAAAUACCAUUUAUACACGAUCGACGACUUCAGUGCCUCAUCUGCGUCCUAACAUGCCCCUAUCUAUGGAGAAUAAUCGAGAGAACGCCCACGAACUUCUCGACACGAACGCAGAAGGUAUGGUGUCUCCUGGCGAAGAUACUAAUUGCAAGGAUUCCUCGUUUCUUAACCCGUGGGCUAUAACGAGAAUGAAUGCCCCCCUUCACACGCCAGAGAAACCUCAGCCAAGGUCUGAUAAGGACCGUCGUCUAACAACGUUCUGUGGUAGACAAGAACAUAGAUGGAGGCCUGGACAACCACAUGAAAAAAGUGCCACUCUACUAAGCCCUACCGACACUAGCACAAGUUCGACAUCAUUAUCUACAUAUUCUUCGCAAUGCAGGCCAAGCAAAUCGUUACAGAUCAUAUCAAAAGGGACUGCGAUUGAGACGAACAGAGAGCAAGAUGGCAAACGGACACUUGACAUUUGGCUUCGAAACAUUCAUCCCACUGAAAAUAUUCAAGGCUCUGCCGAAGAAAACUCGGAGCAUGAUCAGGCAGAGUCAUUCUUUUUGCAACGCAUCCAGGAGUGUCCUGGCUCACACGAUCAGUCUCUACCGGAGACACCAGCAAGGACUGUUGCAGAUCCACCGGCUUUGUGCGAGCGCUCAGAUGAUACUUCCCAGGUUGUUCAGUCGUCUACGCAGGUUCAGGAUUUUACCUCGGUUAACAGGCAUCCUCAGGGAUUGCCUGGCUUUGAAAAACUGUCGACAAUCAUACAUCGAGUGGGAGCUGGCAACAAUACUCAAUUAGAAGAGGCACUCGAUUUUGAACGUCGAAAGAAGGAUGUUAUGCAGAAGCGACGGGAGCAUAUGAGGGAUCUUUUACAGUCUGUCUUGAAGAGCAAUCAAGUCGCUUCACCGUCGCUCCACCGCAAUAGAUAUCUUGCAGCACGAGCUGCAUUGACCUCGAACUUAAGCUCUCUUCCUGGGAGUCAAGAUAUCUCAAUUUCAGAGAAAGUACCAUCUGUGUCUGCUCUAAGGAUAGACGACCCAAGAGCAUAUCUCAUGCGCCAUCAAAACGACCUGUCUGGAGAAGGAUUGAAAAUCAAAAGAACGCAAACGAGCAAGCUGCCCUUUGAAACGAUACCCGAAGGGCAUCGUUUGCAUAACAUCUCUAUAACCCACCCGACUAAUCCAUCACUAUCUGCGAUCUCGUUCAAAGAAAUACUGAAAUCAGACCUAUAUACGCAACGGGGAGUCGAAGAACAAGGAUUCCCGCCAUCAGAGGAUGGCUUUCCUCAAUCCUGGUGGCAUCGGCUAUCAACCUUAAUUAAAGACAAAUACGGGUACCAGGAUGAGAAUAGCUAG